GUCUAACUAGAGGAGACCAGACCAGAUGAGCAUAAUAAAGAGGAACAAACAAAAACAAAGGGCAGGGAAGGGCGCCAUUCUCUCCAACCCAACGCACAACAUACAUAUAAUAGAUUCUUCACCCUCCCUCAGUACGCACACCGUUUUGCUUUUUCUCUCUUGAUCGAUCGAUCCAAGGCUAAUCCUUCUGCGCCCCCACCGACUCGGUUCUGAAGAAGAUUCUGAAUCCAAUCUAUAGCCUCUGCAGCGGUAAAUAUCCAAGGAUGAAAUUGCACCGAGAUUAAAUUCGGUUUCGUUUUCGUUUUCGUUAUCCUGUUAAUGGCGAUUGACAACGAGGAGAGUUGCGGCAGUAGAGCGGCGGAUCCGUCGUCGCCGAAUCACAGUCGGAAGAACAGACAGAGGCUGGAGGUUUUCAACGAAGUGCUCAGUCGACUCCAGCACUUGAACCAUCAAGAGGCCGCAAUUCCGGCCUUCGAAGACCAACUCUGGCUUCACUUCAAUCGUCUCCCUCCUAGAUAUGCUUUGGAUGUAAACGUGGAGAGGGCAGAAGAUGUACUCAUGCACAAGAGAUUGCUUCAUCUGGCAGAAGAUCCUGCCAAUAGACCAGCCUUUGAAGUUCGCCUUGUUCAGGUCCAUCCAGUCCCUUCUGGAAAUUCAGGGGAAUCUAAGCUUUUGGAUUCUGUAUUGAGAGAUGAUGCUCAAAGUUGUUUGAAUCAGUUUACUAGACAGGGAAUCCAUCCACCCCCUACCUUUGGUUCAUCACCAAAUCUUGAAGCCCUUGUACUUCAAGCUAAUGGUUCUCAAAUUGAAGAUGGAGACAGUGUUAUUGAUUCGACUUCACGGUUAACUCGGCCAAUGCAUGAGAUCACAUUUUCGACUGCGGACAAGCCAAAACUCCUUAGUCAGUUGACUUCCUUGCUUUCUGAGAUUGGACUGAACAUUCAAGAAGCCCAUGCAUUUUCAACUGUUGAUGGCUUCUCCUUGGAUGUCUUUGUUGUUGAUGGUUGGCCUCAUGAGGAAACUGAGCAGCUCAGAAAUACACUCGAGAAGGAAAUUCUAAAGUCUAAGGGAAGAUUUUGUUCAAAUCAACAAUCAUUGUUGCCUAUUAGCAACCAUAACCAAAUCCAAUCCAAUUCCUCUGCUGAUUAUGUGAAAAUACCUACUGAUGGAGCUGAUGUUUGGGAAAUUGAUGCCAGCCUGCUGAAAUAUGAACACAAAGUUGGAUCGGGUUCAUUUGGGGAUCUGUAUAAAGGUACAUAUUGUAGUCAAGAAGUGGCUAUCAAAGUCCUGAAGCCUGAGCGGGUGAAUGAAGAUAUGCUGAGAGAGUUUGCCCAGGAAGUGUUCAUUAUGAGGAAAAUUCGGCACAAGAAUGUUGUACAGUUCAUUGGUGCAUGCACACAGUCUCCAAACCUGUGCAUCUUGACUGAGUUCAUGUCCAGAGGAAGUGUUUACAACUUCCUGCAUAAACAACGGGGUGUUUUUAAGCUACCUGCUCUACUCAAAGUAGCACUUGAUAUUUCCAAGGGAAUGAACUAUUUGCAUCAAAACAAUAUUAUCCACAGGGACCUGAAGACUGCCAAUCUUCUGAUGGAUGAAAAUGAGGUAGUUAAGGUUGCUGAUUUUGGAGUUUCUAGAGUGCAAGCUCAAUCUGGAGUAAUGACUGCAGAAACUGGGACAUACCGUUGGAUGGCUCCAGAGGUUAUUGGACACAAACCAUAUGGUCACAAGGCAGACGUUUUCAGUUUUGGGAUAGUCCUAUGGGAGCUUUUGACAGGAGAGCUUCCAUACUCGUUCUUGACUCCUUUGCAAGCAGCUGUUGGUGUUGUACAAGAGGGUCUGCGACCAACAAUUCCCAAGCACACACAUCCAAAGCUGGCAAAGCUGCUAGAGAGUUGCUGGCAGCAAAACCCAGUUCUAAGACCCAACUUCUCUGAAAUUAUGGAGAUCCUGCAGCAGAUAGCCAAGGAGGUGGAAGAGCAUGGAAAUGAUCAUCACAAGGAUGGAUCAUUCAGUGGAUUCUUCUCAGCCUUCAAAAAAGGGGGUCAUCACUAAAGGUGUGAAUGUUAUAAUAAGUCAUCCUGCAGGUCAUCGUUUUCCACAAUUCGAAAAUGCAUUGCACAUUAUUCCUCCUGGUGUUGAGCCCAGUUAUAACUUGUAAUAUACCUGCCUUAUUUUUUAUUCCUAAUGUGUUUAACCAAGGCAUAUUUGACAAAGUAGACGAACUUAAGUAAUUUGGAAUUUUCACGGAUAAAGAUUGCCAUUUUGGUGUUAA